GGGUGUGGUUGGGAGUUUUAUAGUGAUUCCAUCCAAUAGUAAGAAGGAUUUGAUUCCAAAUAAAGAAAUAAGAGAGAGCUAGGCCAAAAUGGUGAUGAGUAGCAAAGGUAAUUAUUUUAGAAAGAGCAAAACCUUUAUGGUGCAGAAGAACCAAAGCAGGUCGAUGGGCGUAGAAUCCGGAGGAGGAGAAAAGGCGGAGGGGCGGGUGGAAUUAUUGCCGGUGUCCCCUCAGCUGAUGUAUGGGGAAGAGAUGGUCCAUUUUAGCCAUCCUCGACACCGGCUGUCCAGGAUGUGCCUUCCUGACCUGUUUACGUGCAGUGGGUGCAAAGAGUACGGCGCCGGCAACAGAUUCAGUUGCCAACAAUGUGAUUUCCAGCUCCACGACUUCUGCGCCUUCUCUCCUCCCGCCCUCAAGGCCCACCCCUUCCAUUCCUACCAUCAGCUUCUUUUUUACUCCAAGCCAGUGAAAGGUGGCAUCAUGCAGUCCAAGUGCGAGAUUUGCGCGAAACCAAUAAAAGGAUUUUCGUUCCGAUGCGGGGUGUGCAGCUUCCAGAUGCAUCCCUGCUGCGCGAUGCUAUCCUGGGAAAUGAAGAUGCCGUCGAUGCACCCACACCCGCUGAAGAUGGUGGGAGCUACAACAACAUCAUCAUCAUCAUCAUCAUCUUCAUCAACAGUACAAUUAGUUGAUCAUCAUCAGGUCAGCUGUGGGGAAUGCAACAAGAGGAGGUCCGGGAGGGUGUACCGUUGCACGGUUUGCGAGUAUCAGGUGCAUGCAGUGUGUGCAAAGAGCGUGAAAAACGGCCUCCGUGACAACGGGCACAAGGGAGCAGAAAAGCCUAGCGUGCUGGGAACCGCCGCAAGACUGGCUUCCCAGGUGGUGGUUGAGUUCUUGGGAGGCAUCAUAGAGGGCCUCGGAGAAGGGGUUGGCGAAGCUUUCGUCCAGAACAUCAAUGGCAAGGCCGCCCCCCCACCCCUUCAUCAUCGUUAAUUUAAUUACCUCCCUCAGAUCCAUAUCCAAAUUAAUUACCAUGCGCAUACAAUAUGAUAUACAUACAUGCAUACACUUAUUCUCUCUUCUACCUUAAUUAUUCACGUACUCCAUCCUCUUUGAUCAAUUCCUUCCCUAUUUUUACUAUUAUUUAUUAAUUAUUAUUAUUAUUUUUUGUAUGAAUGACAUGAACCACAAAAGAAAAAGGGUGCUCUCUACAAACUACCAAGAAAGUGUUGUAUUAAUUGUUGGUGGUGUUAUGUUCUCUUCAUUGUAAUUAAUUUCCAUAUGUAUGACUGAAGAGUAUUCCAAGUAUAGUGGUGUUCUGUAAUCAAUAUGUAAAUUAUAGUUUUCUUUGAUAGAUCCUAAAAUUAAUUAACAACAUUUGAGUAUAAA